AUGGAGGAGGAAAAGAAAAAUUUGCAAAAUAAAUUUGAUAGUUCAAAGAUUUUUAAGAACUAUAAGUUGCCAUUUAUUCGAGUAAGAAGAGGGGAUUGUAAUUAUGUACAAAAUUUGUUUAAAGAAAAUGAUAUUCUUUUCAAGUUCCCAAGAGUGUCACCAAUAAUAAAUGACAAAGAAAACAGUGAAAUCAGAAUAAUUUUGAUGGGAGAAAACUUGAAAGAAAGUUACAAGAAGGUUAGUGACAAGAAAAUAAGGCUAGAGGAUGGAUUUUCAUUAAGGCAGGAGUUUGAUGGAGAUUAUAUAAUUGAAUUAUCAGAUGAUUUUUACAUGAGAAUGCCAAAAAACGUAUUUAUUUGUUUAAAUUCAGUAGAUUUCGCAGAGUAUGGGAUCAUGGAUUUUAAAAUUGAAUACAAGUAUCUUUCUUAUUUAGAAUGUGCUAGACAAUGCAUUCCAGUUGAUAUUGAGAUUGUCUCAAGUUUUGAGACGGUUGGACAUAUAGCCCACUUAAAUUUGAAUGAUGAUAACUUUGAAUAUAGAUAUAUUCUUGGAAAGAUUUUGUUGGAUAAGAACCCGGGGAUUAAAACAGUAGUAACUAAAACAGGAAACAUUGAAAGUACGUUUAGAACUUACCCUUUGGAGGUUAUUGCUGGGGAAAAUAAUUUAAAGGCAAGGCUUAAGGAGCAGGGCAUCAUUUAUAACAUUAAUAUUGAGGAGGUUUAUUGGAAUUCUAGGCUUUCUAAUGAGAGACAGAGAAUUGUGGAGUUGGUUCCAAAAAAAUCAAUGGUUUUUGAUUUAACUUGUGGAGCUGGAGCCUUCACUCUCCCUCUAAUGAAGAAUAAAGACUGUGUUCUCUACUCUAAUGAUUUGAAUCCAAAUGCAAUUAAGCUAUUAAAAGACAACAUCCUUACAAACAAGCUAAAAAAAAACAACGUUGUAACUUCUCAAAAAGAUUGUAUCGAAUGUAUUCAGGAAAUUUUGGAAAGGAAUUUAGAACCAGAAAGGAUUUUUAAGUUUGAAAAGGAUGCUUUAAAUCCAAUUUCUCACCAAAACGAGACAUUCUACUGGAUCUGCAACCUUCCCGAACUUUCCCUCAACAUGCUACAGGGUUUCGUUCUUCACAAGAGGAAUUAUUUAGAUAAAAGAGCAAAAGAGAAUUAUUAUUUUAGAGACACAAUGAACCAUUUCUUUUUCUAUUGCUUUUCAAAAGAUUCCAAUCCAAAAGACGAUAUUGAAAAAAGGAUUCUUGGGUUCCUAGAAUUUAAUGAAAGGAACUUAAGCUCAGAACCUUUCUUUCCACUAAAUCUUUCUGUUUACGAAGUUAGAGAUGUCUCACCUAACAAGAAAAUGUAUUGUGCUCAAUUCUCCAUGGUUAUUCCUGUAACAUUGAAUUAA